CAUGGGACAAAAAAUAAAUCCAAUUGGUUUCAGACUUGGUACAACCCAAGGUCAUCAUUCCCUUUGGUUCGCACAACCAAAAAAUUAUUCUGAGGGUCUGCAAGAAGAUAAAAAAAUAAGAACUUAUAUCCAGAAUUAUGUACAAAAAAAUAUGAAAACAUCUUCUGGCGUCGAGGGAAUUGCACGUAUAGAGAUUCAAAAAAGAAUCGACCUGAUCCAAAUCAUAAUCUAUAUGGGAUUUCCAAAAAUCUUAAUUGAAAGUCGACCCCGAGGAAUCGAAGAAUUACAGAUGAAUUUACAAAAAGAAUUUCAUUCUGUAAAUAGAAAACUUAACAUUGCUAUCACACGAAUUGAAAAGCCUUACGGAAACCCUAAUAUUCUUGCAGAAUUUAUAGCGGGCCAAUUAAAAAAUAGAGUUUCUUUUCGCAAAGCAAUGAAAAAGGCUAUAGAAUUAACUGAACAAGCAGAUACAAAAGGAAUUCAAGUGCAAAUUGCAGGACGUAUCGACGGAAAAGAAAUUGCGCGUGUUGAAUGGAUCAGAGAGGGGAGGGUUCCACUACAAACCAUUCGAGCUAAAAUUGAUUAUUGUUGCUAUACAGUUCGAACGAUCUAUGGGGUAUUAGGCAUCAAAAUUUGGAUAUUUAUAGACGGGGAAUAAUAAACCUUUAUUCCUUUUGCAUUCUAUCCAGCGAUGGAACAAAAAAUGAGAAAUUCGUUUCUUCUUUUUAUUUUGUGUUCAAAAAAAAAAAUGAACAAUUAUAAUUCUAUAGGGUUGAAUAAAAAUUCAAUUAAUCUUUUGAUAAAAUUGCUAUGCUUAGUGUGUGACUCGUUGGUUUUUUGAGGGUUAGAAUAAAAAACCAGCCCCACGGUAUAAACAAAUAACUAUAGAAGUAAUAACCAACUCAUCACUUCGUAUUAUCUGGAUCCAAAGAAUCAGUCAAGAUAUGAUAUAUUGUUCAUAUUGUUGUAGCAACUGAAAUCUUUUUUUAUUAUUUAUUAAAAAAUAUGCUUCUAAGUUGUCAAUCGAAAUAAAAAAGAAAGGGUAUGGAUAAAUGGAAGGAUGAGAGAAAGAAAGAAAAAGAAUAUUGAUGAUAUAGAAUUCCAAUAUGUAAGGUCUAUGAGUCAUCUCAGAAAAAGCUGUGUAAUAAAGCAUCAAUACGGAUUCAUCAUUAACAUUAAAUGGAUCUGCUCAUCGAACAAAAAAUAAAGAGCUUCGAGCCAAUAAAGGCUAAGAAUAUUGACUCAAGAACUAAUAGCUCCAUUGUAGAAUUCAGACCUAACCAUUAAGUAAGAAGCGAUGGGAACGAUGGAACCUGUGAAUUCAAAAGAUUCUAGUGAAAAUGAAUUCGAAUGAUUCAUGGAUCGGGAUGGCGGAACCGACCAGAAACCAAUUCAUCUAUUCGGAAAAGUUAUGAGCUAAUGAUAGAACUGAAAUAGAAAUUGAAAGAGUAAAUAUUCGCCCGCGAACACUUUAUUUUCUUGGAUUGCUAAAUUUGGGUCAAUCCAAUACGAUAAAGAGUAAAACAAAAGAAAGAUUCGUUUUAACAGUCUAAAAUAGAUAAAUAUAAGAAAAAAUAGUUAUGUUAUUUAAUAUAUUUAGUUAUCUAUACAAACAAGAUAUACAAAUUCAUAAUAGAUUUGAUCUAGAUUAAAUGAAAUCCAUGAUUCAUUAUAUUACUUAUUAAAUACAUGUAUAUUUUCAUUCAAAUUAUAUUCUAUCUGAAUUGAAUUCAAAAUGUUUAAUUUGAAUUCAUUUUAUUCGCGAGGAGCUGGAUGAGAAGAAACUCUCACGUCCAGUUCUGUAGUAGAGAUGGAAUUCAAAAUAAACCAUCAACUAUAACCCCAAAAGAACCAGAUUCCGUAAACAACAUAGAGGAAGAAUGAAGGGAAUAUCUUAUCGAGGUAAUGCUAUUUGUUUUGGUAAAUACGCUCUUCAGGCACUUGAACCCGCUUGGAUCACCUCUAGACAAAUAGAAGCAGGUCGACGAGCAAUGACACGAAAUGCACGUCGCGGUGGAAAAAUAUGGGUCCGUAUAUUUCCAGAUAAACCAGUUACAGUAAGACCCGCAGAAACACGUAUGGGUUCAGGUAAAGGCUCUCCCGAAUAUUGGGUAGCUGUUGUUAAACCAGGUCGAAUACUUUAUGAAAUGGGUGGAGUAACAGAAAAUAUAGCCAGAAGGGCUAUUUCAAUAGCAGCGUCCAAAAUGCCUAUACGAGCUCAAUUCAUCAUUUCGGGAUAAAAAAGAAA